CUCAAGCAGUUACUUAAGGACGCACUCAAAUUUGGCACAGAAUAUGAAAAAGCCCAUGCUAAAGCUCUUCAUAUUAAAUUAUUGGCAGCAUGCGAGAUAUGGGAGAAAAUUUUAAGUGAAAUACCAAAUGAUUUGUUAGCACUGAAGUUUAAUCACGAUGCAUAUUUUUAUCUUGGAGAUAAAGAAGCCAUUCGUGAUAGUAUCGCUCACGUACUUCCAAAAUGGAAGCCUACAAUUCCUUGCUACAGUUAUUUAUAUGGUAUGUAUGCAUUUGGAUUGGAAGAAUGCGAGCAAUAUGAUAAAGCAGAAAGUUAUGCCAAAAAGGCUCUUGAACUGAACAGACAUGAUGCUUGGGCAACACAUGCCUUAGCACAUUGCAUGGAAAUGACCGGACGUACCAAUGAAGGCAUACAUUUUAUGGAAUCUACAGAAUCUGACUGGAGUAAAUGUUUUAUGCUUGCAUGUCAUAACUAUUGGCAUGUAGCACUUUAUCACAUUGAACUUCAAAAAUAUGAUGAGGCGCUAUCAUAUUAUGACAGGGAAAUAGCAGAACGUACUAAGAGUGGAGCAAUGCUGGAUAUUGUAGAUGCUGCUUCCAUGCUUUUUCGACUUGAAAUGGAAGGUAUUUCUACAGGGGAACGCUGGAAAUCACUAUUACCAAUCGUUAAACCACAUUUGUAUGAUCAUAUACUGGCAUUUAAUGACACACAUAUUCGCAUGGUUAUCGAAGGCUGUAAUGAUAAUGAAGCCAGAUCAAGUCACAUUGAUAGUUUGAACAGUUUUAUCAGGUCAUUUCUUUACAAAUGUUUACUUCUUAGAAACUAA